AUGUCUGCGGACCCGAAACCAGAAGACUUGCAGCCUGAGCAGACCGAGGGCUUCAAGGUUGGCGAGAAGAAGACCAUUGAGGAAUAUCAGCAACUAGACCAAAACGACGAAUCCCUCCGAAAGUGGAAAGAGUCCCUCGGUCUCGGCACAGGCCAACCCAUCGGUGAUCCAAACGACCCCCGUCGUGUCAUCAUCCUCUCCCUAGGCCUCGAAGUAGAAGGACGCCCCGACAUCAUCAUCGAGCUCGACAAGCCCGGCUCCGUCGAAGACCUAAAGAACCACCCCUUCACCAUCAAGGAAGGAGCCACCUUCCGCAUGAAGGCACGCUUCAGAGUCAACCAUCAGAUCCUCAGCGGUCUGAAGUAUGUGCAGGUUGUCAGCAGAGGGCCGGUGAAGAAUAAGAUGCAGGAGAUGAUUGGUUCUUACUCUCCAAGCACGACUGAUAAGCCAGAGUAUGAGAAGAAGUUUGAAACCGACACAGCUCCUUCGGGCAUGCUUGGACGUGGCAAGUACAAGGCUGUCUCCAAGUUUGUCGAUGAUGAUAACCACGACCACUUGACCUUCGAAUGGUCAUUCGAGGUGAAGAAGGACUGGUAG